GGCAGGGCAAGUAGCCCAGUACAAAAAGUGCUACAGCGCACUGGCGCUCUCUCUCCCUAUGCAGUGAAUUUGCAAGGAGUUCUGAACACCUCCACCCCAUCACAUAGGUCUCUGAUUUGUGGGAAAUACACAGCAGUCAUGAAAUGGCACGGGAUGAGGAGAAGGCUACAGGGCAUAGAAUAACACCAUAUGGGAAGUAGGCUAGCACCUGACACUCGGCCCCUGUAUGGGAUAGCUUUUCUGGAGCAGACGCACAGACGAUCACGGCGAGAGUGCUGCUUGUAGCCAAAACAUGUUCCAUCUGAUCAAGAAAGACAAGGAGAAGUCCGCUGAGAAGGAUGGAGGGAAGAAGGACAAGAAAGAAAAGAAGGACAAGAAGGAGAGGAUGUCAGCGGCCGAGCUGAAGAGCCUGGAGGAGAUGGGCAUGAGGCGGGGGUUCUUCCACCUGCAUCGCGGGAGCUCCAAGCGCGACUCCAAGGGCAAGCUGGAGAUCUCCAGCCCCAUCCCCAUCAAGGUGGUCGGCAACACGGAGCUGAGUCUGAGCGGGGUGGACUACGAGCGGGCCCAGAGCCAGAGCUCGGGCCAGAUGAGUGCCAGCAGCUCCAGGGACGACCUGAAGAAGGACGCCACGCAGGACGCGUCCAGUCGGGCCUCCUCGAUACGGGAUCGGGCGGCCAAGUUCGGGCCCUUGGCUAAGCAGAACUCCCAGGUGGGCCAGAUCAUGAAGCGGUUCUCCUUCUCCCAGAGGAGCAAAGAGGAGAGUCCGCCAGAGUCCACUGCUCAGUCGGGUCAGAACUCGGCCGCCGUGUCCCCCCAAGUGGAGGAUGGAGGAUACGAGCCUCACCCUCGAUCCAAGACACCUCGUCAGCCCGUCCGCAUUCCCGAUCUGGUCGAGAAGACGUUUGCCGCGGACCUGCGGCUGCCGGCGGUGGUGGUCCCUGAGGUUCCGGAACCCCGGGAACUGGAACUUCAGCGCCGCAAGACGGGCGACUUCGGCUUCUCACUCCGCCGCACCACCAUGCUGGACCACCGGCCGGAUGGCUCCAUCUACCGGCGCGUGGUCCACUUCGCCGAGCCCGGCUCGGGCAGCAAGGACCUGGCGCUGGGGCUGGUGCCGGGGGACCGGCUGGUGGAGAUCAACGGCCAGAACGUGGAGAACAAGAACCGCGACGAGAUCGUGGAGAUGAUCCGGCAAUCGGGCGACGUAGUGCGUCUCAAGGUGCAGGCCAUGAUGGAGCUGAGAGAGCUGAGCAGCUGCUGGCUUAGGAACAUCGAGGGAGGGAGCAGGGACGCAUGCGAGGUGAAGACGGAGGCGCAGAUCGCUGCGGAGAAGGCGUGGUACGGCACGGAGAAAGUAUGGCUCGUCCACAAGGAUGGCUUCUCCCUCGCCACCCUGCUGAAGACGGAGGCUGGCAGUCUGCCAGAGGGGAAAGUGAAGAUCCGGCUGGAGCAUGACGGCUCCCUGCUGGAUGUGGACGAGGAUGACGUGGAGAAGGCCAACCCUCCAUCGCUCGACCGUGUGGAGGACCUGUCCUCGUUGCCCUACUUGAACGAGUCGAGUGUCAUGCAGCUCGGCAGCUAUGGCGGGGCCUCUAAAUACCUGCGUCGCGGACACCUCCUGGUCAUCAACCCGGUCACCGCACCCGCCAUGUACUCCGAAAAGGUGAUGCAUAUGUUUAAGGGCUGUCGUCUGAACCUGGCGCCACACAUCCAAUUAAAGCGCCCCGGCUUACAUAACCUGUUGACCUCGCGCCAGGACCAGUCCAUCGUGCUACUGGGCAAGACAGGCAGCGGCAAGACCACCAACUGCCAACACCUGGUGCAGUACCUGGUGUCCAUGGCGGGCAGCUCGGGGAAAGCCUACUCCGCGGAGAAGUGGCAGGCGGUCUACACCAUCCUGGAGGCCUUUGGGAACGGCUCCACAGCCAUGAACAGCAACGCUAGUCACUUCUCCCACAUCGUCUUCCUAGACUUUGACCAGGCCGGGCAGGUGGCCUCGGCCUCCAUUCAGACGAUGCUAUUGGAGAAGCUGCGUAUUGCCAGGCGACCAGAGGGCACGGCGGAGGGCACCUUUAAUGUGUUCUACUACAUGAUGGCUGGGGUAGAUGGAUCUCUCAAGACGGAACUUCACUUUAACCACUUUGCAGAAAGCAGUGCCUUUGGAAUCAUGCCCCAAGCAAAGAGCGAUGACAAGCAGAAGUCAGUGCAGCAGUUCACUAAGCUGCAGGCUGCCAUGAAGGUACUGGGCAUCUCUGCCGACGAGCAGAAGGCCUUCUGGCUCAUCCUGGGGGCCAUCUAUCACCUGGGAGCCGCUGGCGCCACCAAAGAGACAGAGGAAGCCGGCCGUAAGCAGUUUGCCCGGCACGAGUGGGCCCAGAAGGCGGCCUACCUGCUGGGGGUGAGUCUGGAAGAGCUUUCCUCCUCCAUCUUCAAGCACCAGGCCAAAGGCUCCAACCCACGCCUCUCCGCCAUCCGCCAGGCCUCCGAGGACGCCGCUGACCCCUCAGGGCUGAAGGCCACAGCGAUGGAGUGUUUAGAGGCCAUGGCGUCGGCUCUGUACGCUGAACUCUUCACAGUCCUCAUCUCGCUCAUCAACAGAGCGCUGAAGUCCAGUCAGAACUCGCUGUGCUCGAUUCUGAUCGUGGACGUGCCUGGCUUCCAGAACCCUCGUCAGGCCAAGUGGGAGCGAGGCGCCACCUUUGAGGAGCUGUGCCACAACUACGCCCAGGAGCGGCUGCAGAUACUGUUCCACGAGCGCACCUUCGUCAAGGAGCUGGAGAGAUACAAGGAGGAGAACAUUGAGAUUACGUUGGACGACAUGGAGCCCAGCGCGUCGCUCUCUGUAGCAGCUGUGGACCAAGCGUCGAGCCAAGCCCUGGUGCGUACGCUGUCCAGGACGGAUGAGGCUCGUGGUCUGCUCUGGCUGAUGGAGGAGGAGGCCGUGCAGCCUGGGGGCACUGAGGACUCGCUACUGGACAGACUCUUCAGCUACUACGGGCCCGCCGAGGGACAGACUAAAGGCCACACGGUGCUCCUGAAGAGCGAGCGCGCGCAUCACUUCUUGUUGGGCCAUAGCCAUGGCACUGAUUGGGUGGAGUACGAUGCCCGCGGCUGGCUGGGCCACGCCAAGCACAACCCUGCCAGCCAGAACGCAGCCGGACUCCUUCAGAACUCUCAGAAGAAGAACAUCAGUGGUCUUUUCAUCGGGCGCUCAGCGGGCACCACGGUGCUGGCGGGGUCCAUCGCGGGGCUGGAGGGCGGCUCCCAGCUGGCUCUGCGCCGGGCCACCAGCAUGAGGAAGUCCUUCACCACCGGCGUGGCCGCUGUCAAGAAGAAGUCCCUCUGCAUCCAGAUCAAACUGCAAGUGGACGCCUUGCUGGACACGGUGAAGAGGUCGCGGGUGCACUUCGUGCACUGCCUGCUGCCCAAAGUGGACGCCCUCCAGGGAGCGGAGACACCCGACUCGGGCCUCAUGCAGCUGGACGUGAGCCUCCUCAGGGCCCAGCUCCGAGGCUCCAAGCUGCUGGACGCCAUGAGGAUCUACCGCCAAGGCUUCCCUGAUCAUAUGGUGUUUGCGGAGUUCCGUCGCAAGUUUGAUGUGUUGGCGCCUCACCUGGGGAAGAAGCUGGGCCGCAACUACAUCGUCAAGGAUGAGAAAAGAGCUGCGGAGGAGCUGCUGGAGUCCCUGGACCUGGAGAAGAACAGCUAUCACAUGGGCUUAAGCAGGAUUUUCUUCCGGGCCGGAAUGCUGGCUAAGCUAGAGGAGCAGCGGGAUGAGCAGACCAGACGCAACAUCACCCUCUUCCAGGCGGCCUGCAGGGGAUACCUGGCCAGACAGGCCUUCAAGAAGAGGAAGAUCCAGGACCUGGCCAUCCGCUGCGUCCAGAAGAACAUUAAGAAGAGCCGUAAUGUGAAGGGCUGGCCUUGGUGGAAGCUCUUCACCACCGUGCGUCCACUCAUCGAGGUGCAGCUGACUGAGGAGCAGAUCAGAGGCAAAGACGACGAGAUCCAGCAGUUGAAGGGGAGGCUUGAGAAGGUGGAGAAGGAGAGAAACGAGCUCCGUCUCAACGGUGACCGACUGGAGAGCAGGAUCACUGAGCUGUCUGCAGAGCUGGCUGAUGAGAGGAACACUGGAGAGUCGGCAUCUCAGAUGCUCGAGACGGAGACAGCAGAGAGACUACGUCUGGAGAAGGAUAUGAAAGACAUGCAGUCGAAGUUUGAAGCCAUGAAGAAGCAGAUGGAGUCCAUGGAGAUGGAGGUGAUGGAGGCGCGACUUCUGCGGGCGUCCGAGCUCAACGGAGACCUUGACGACGAUGAUGACGACGCUGGAGGAGAGUGGAGGCUAAAGUACGAGAGAGCCAUCCGUGAGAGCGAUUUCACCAAAAAGCGCCUGCAGCAGGAGUUUGACGACAAGCUGGAGACGGAGAAAACAAGCAAGAGACAGCUGGAGAGGAGGCUGGCAGACCUACAGGCGGACCAGGACGAGUCGCAGCGCUCGCUGCAGCAGAUGAAGAAGAAGUGCCAGCGGCUGGGCGCCGAGCUGCAGGACACCAAGCUGCACCUGGAGGGACAGCAGAGCCGCAACCACGACCUGGAGAAGAAGCAGCGCAAGUUUGACCUGGAGCAGACCCAGACUCAUGAUGAGGUCCAGCGGGAGCGGACGAUUCGGGACAAACUGAGCCGAGAGAAGGACAUGCUGACCGGCGAGGUUUUCACACUCCGACAGCAGUUCCAGGAUAAGGACAUGGAGCUGUGUGCAGCCAACCUGAAGGUGGAGCAGCUGGAGGCCGAGCUGCAGGACCUGUCGUCCCAGGAGUCCAAGGACGAGGCCUCGCUGGCCAAGAUCAAGAAACAGCUGCGCGACCUUGAGGCCAAGGUUAAGGACCAGGAGGAGGAGCUGGAUGAACAGGCUGGCUCCAUCCAGAUGCUCGAGCAGGCUAAGCUGCGUUUGGAGAUGGAGAUGGAGAGACUGCGCCAGCAGCACUCUAAAGAGAUUGAGGGCAAGGAUGAGGAGGUGGAGGAGAUUCGGCAGUCCUGCAGUAAGAAGCUGAAGCAGAUGGAGGUCCAGCUGGAGGAGGAGUACGACGACAAGCAGAAGGUUCUGAGGGAACGCAGGGACCUGGAGGCCAAGCUGGUCAACGCCCAGGACCAGGUGAGCCACAGAGACGUGGAGACGGAGAAGCGUCUGAAGAAGGACCUGAAGCGCACCAAGGUGCUGCUGGCCGACGCCCAGAUCAUGCUGGACCACCUGAAGAACAACGCCCCCAGCAAGAGGGAGAUCUCCCAGCUCAAGAACCAGCUGGAGGAGUCGGAGUUCACAUGUGCAGCUGCGGUGAAGGCCCGGAAGUCCAUGGAGCUGGAGAUUGAGGACCUGCACAUCCAGAUGGAGGACAUCUCCAAGGCCAAGAUGUCGCUGGAUGAACAGUUGAGUCGUCUGCAGAAGGAGAAGAAUGACCUGCAGUCACGUCAGGAGGAGGACCAGGAGGAGAUGAAUGAGCUCAUGAAGAAGCACAAGGCUGCCGUCUCUCAGUCUGCGCGGGACCUGGCCCAGAUCAGUGACCUGCAGGCCCAGAUGGAGGAGCUCAUGAAGGAGAAGCAGGAGAUCCAGGAGAAGGUGCAGUCCCUGCAGAGCCAGCUGGAGUUUCGGGAGCAGUCGAUGGUGGAGAAGUCUCUGGUCAGCCGGCAGGAGGCCAAGAUCCGCGAGCUGGACACCAAGCUGGAGUACGAGCGCACACAGAUCAAGCGCCUGGAGGGCCUGGUGACACGUCUGAAGGAGAACCUGGAGAAGGUGGUGGAGGAACGUGACCACCGGGUGGCCGGGGAGAACCGGGAGAAGGAGCAGAACAAGCGCAUGCAGCGCCAGGUGCGCGACCUGAAGGAGGAGAUGGCCGAGCUGUCCAAGAAAGAGGGCGAGGCCAGCCGCAAGAAGCACGAACUGGAAAUGGACAUUGAGAGUCUGGAGGCAGCCAAUCAGAGCCUGCAGGCUGACCUCAAGUUGGCCUUCAAGAGGAUCGGAGACCUGCAGGCCGCCAUCGAGGACGACAUGGCGAGCGACGAUAACGAUGACCUCAUCAGCAGUUUACAAGACAUGGUGACAAAGUAUCAGAAAAGAAAGAACAAAACCGGAGAUGACUCAGACAUGGACUCGGAAGUGGAGGACCGCGUGGACGGGGUUAAGUCGUGGCUGUCCAAGAACAAAGGCUCCACGAAGACCCCGUCGGACGAGGGCAGUCUGAAAGGCUCCAGAUAUGCUGUUAAUGUGGACGCUAAGGAAGGGAAAGAGGGCCUUGAAGGUAAGGAGGGGACGGAGUCCAUGAAGGAGGCCAAAGAGCUGGACCGCUCGGCGACCGUCAUGAGCUCUCUGAGCUACAGGAAGCGCUCCAACCUGAAGGACUCCAUCGGGGGCACGGGCGACGAGAGCUCCCUCUUCAGCACCCUGAAGGAUCAGUCGGACACGAUUGACCGCUCCUCGCUGCGCAAGGCCAAGUCCAAGCCUGACAAGCCUGGCGACGACAUGGACGACCGAGGCUCGGUCAUCUCACAGGCGUACUCGGAGGCGACCAGCCGGGCGAGGAAGGGCCUGGACCGGCGCUGGACGUCACGAAGCAGCCCAGAGUUCGAUAAGGAGUCCAGCGCGUCGUCGCUGGGCCCGAGCCGCAUGUCGACGCGCCGCGGGAUGGACCAGGACGAUGACGACGACGACGACGUGAAGUCGAGCGUGAGCGGCUACAGCGUGCGGCGGAGCGGCUCCUGGAUGGACGAUAGCCCCACGCUGAGCCGCAGGGCCGGCACCGGCUCUCGCAGUCCUGGGAGCGUCAGCCUCGCCGACUCCCGCAUCUCUCUCGCACGCAGCAGCCGCCUGAGCGAGUUUGGCCUCCGCCUGGACGACGACGACGACCGCAUGAGCGUGGCGUACAGCGAGGGAGGAGUGUCCUCGGUCCGCUCGCUGGGCCGCAGCCUCUCCACGCCGGGCCGCUCCUCCGAAGACGCUGCCUCCACAGCGGCGGGCGACACCGGCGACGUCAAGUCCGUCAGCCACCGCAACUACCUGGACCCCGAUCUGGAGAAGGCCAUCAACGAGGUGCUGAGCUUCAAGCCAAUCAAAUUCAAGCGCCGGAGCCUGAAGGACUCUGACGGCGAGGAGGAGAACGAGGACGGAGCGGCGGACGCGGACGAGUGUCUAGGCCGCAGCAUGUCCAGCGUGCGUCGCUCGGCUUCGGGCUCGGCGCUGGACUACGGCCGGCCCUCCAGCACCAUGAGCUCGCGCAGCGGCUGCCACAAGGCCAAGAAGAAGAGCCGCGCGUCCGAGUCGGAGAGCUCCUCCGAGGAUGACCGUCACCACCGCCGCGGCGGCGGAGGCUCGCGGAGGAAGGGCAAGAAGUCGUCCAGGAAGAGCUCCAGGAAAAGCAAGUCGUCCUCAGAGUCGGAAUCGUCAGAGUCCAGCUCGUCCAGCGCCUGUUCCGCCGUCUCGUACCGAAGUUCCAGCAGUGUGAAGAAGGGACCUGGUCGCAGAGGCGACGAGUCGCAUGUGGACGGACCGGACGACGCUGCUCCCGAACGCCCACUGAGUAAGAAGGAGGAGAAGAAGAAGCAGAAGAAGAUGGACAACAUAGUGAUGAAGUACCUGUACAAGCCAGAUAGUGACUAAGGAAAUGCUAGAUCAGAGCCCCCCGCUGUAUCGCAGGCAUUUUUCUACCCCCCGUGCUGACGAUGACAUCACAGAGGAGGAACCCCCCAGUGCUGAGCCCUCUCAACAGACCCUCCUCCACGACGGUGACCACGACCCCGACAAGCCCUCAGAG